CCAGUCCGGGCAGACAGAUGUCGUCAACUCUCCACUCUCACAUCUAGGAGGAGGAGGGAUCUAAAUCUGAACUCCUGGAUCUGACUGACGGUAGCUACCGAGCUGGAUAUUUCCUCUACCAAAGAUGUACAGGAUUCAAGACAACAGGUCCCAAAGAUGUAACUUUCUGUCACACUUUAGUGAUAUCUACUCUUUUUCGGACGUGCAGUAGUUGAAAGUGAAGUUUUUUGUUUCCCACUCUCUCUCCUGGAGAGCGAAGGAGCUCCCCGGUCCGUCUGGAGUAAAAAAAAAAAAAAAAAAAAAAAAAAAAAAACGUAGCUUGACCCCAUCCAUGCUCGGCUCGGCUCGGCUCGGACAAGAUCCACGGGUAUGUGAGUUUGUUCAACCCGGGUCGGCUUGAACAGCAGUUUAGGAGACGUGAAAGUGAGAUUACCCAACGAGGAAGUAAAAGCCCUGUGGUGGAUUUUGAGCCGAAGUUAUGAAAAUGACCGGAGCCAUGGAAACUUCUUUCAAACAGGCUUUGAAGAAACCGCCCUCGCUGCGGACCGCAGAGGACCUGCACACCAUCUACUGCCACCUCUAUCACAUGGACGUCCUCUCUCACCUCAGGGAACAUCAGUUAAGGUCGAUGUGUACCUCAGCGAGGUAUGAGAGACAUGAGGCUAACCACAUCGUGUUCUACCCAGACAGCAUCGCUACCUGUUGGUACAUCCUGCUCUCUGGGUCGGUCUUUGUCAAGGAGCACAUGUACCUGGCAAGGUGCUGUUUUGGAAAGCAGCUGGGGGGCAGACGAGGCUGUGAAUGCAUCACUUUGGAGCCGUCAGAAAUGAUUGUGGUGGAUAACGGCAGCGAGGGGGACGACAGCUUCCUGCAGAGAGAGGGAUCCCAGCGGAGGUCCAGACGGCGCUUUAGGAGGGUCAACCCCAGGGGAGAGCGGGAACUCAUCACAGACGGCCAAGAGCCCGCCAGCUACAACACGGAUUAUGUCAACAACCAGCUUCCUGCCGACCUCAAUAAGAUGCACCUAACAGACCACGCCCAUCAGCAGGUGAUGCACAUGCCUCCCAGCCAGUCAGGAUGCAGCAUCGCCAGCGACUCGGGGAGCAGCAGCCUAUCGGAUAUUUACCAGGCUACAGAGAGCGAGCUGGGAGAUGUGGACCUAUCUGGACUUCCAGAGGCUGCGGUGGACAGCGAAGAAGAGGAAGAGGAAGAUGAGGACCUUGAGAGAGCUUCGGACACUCUUCUGGGCCGAGACCUGGUCCGAGAGUGUCUUGAAAAAGACCCAGCCGACCGCAACGACGAUGACAUCGAGCAACUACUGGAGUUCAUGCACCAGCUGCCUGCCUUCGCCAACAUGACCAUGUCUGUGCGGAGGGACUUGUGUAGCGUCAUGGUGUUUGAGGUGGUGGAGCAGGCUGGCACAGUUGUACUGCACGACAAACAAGAGCUGGACCUCUGGUAUGUUAUCCUGAACGGGGCAGUGGAGAUCAGCCACCCAGAGGGAAGAGUGGAGACUCUCUGUAUGGGCAACAGUUUUGGCAUCUCACCCUCACUGGACAAACAGUACAUGAACGGAGAAGUUCGCACCAAGGGGGACGACUGCCAGUUCGUCUGCAUCGCCCAGGAGGACUACUGGCGCAUCCUCAACCAUGUGGAGAAGAACACACACAAGGUGGAGGAGGAAGGGGAGAUUGUGAUGGUCAAAGAGCACCGCGAGCUUGACCGCAGCGGGACCAGGAAGGGACACAUUGUCAUCAAGGGAACCCCAGAGCGUCUGAUCAUGCACCUGGUGGAGGAACCAUCGGUGGUGGACCCCACCUACAUCGAAGACUUCCUGCUGACCUACAGGACCUUCCUGUCAAGUCCCAUGGAGGUCGGCAAGAAGCUGCUGGAGUGGUUCCAGAUAGAAACCCUCCGAGACACAGUAACGAGAACAGUGCUGCUGUGGGUCAACAACCACUUCAAUGACUUUGAGGGUGACCCGGCUAUGACACGCUUCCUGGAGGAAUUUGAGAAACAUCUAGAAGUCACAAAAAUGAAGGGCCAUUUGCGGCUGCUGAACAUCGCAUGUGCAGCCAAGGCUAAGUGGAGGCAGAUCACUCUGCAGAAGGCGUCCAGGGAGUCACCGCUCUACUUUGACGUGCUGGGCGGCAGCGAGAGAGGAUUCGGCAUCUUUGUUGAGUCAGUGAAAGAAGGGAGCAAGGCUGCAGAGGCCGGACUCAAACGGGGAGAUCAGAUCAUGGAGAUCAAUGGUCAGAACUUUGAGAACAUCUCCUUCUCCAAAGCUGUUGACAUCCUGAGAAAUAACACGCACCUCUCCCUCACCGUCAAAACCAACAUAUUUGUCUUCAAAGAGCUCCUCAGCAGGAUCAUGCACGAGAAGAAGAAUGGCGGCCCUCACAUUCCCAAGAUCCAGGAGAAAAAAGGCAAUCGCUUCUCCAUCCCUGACCUUCCUGGAGACAUGGAGUUCCCCACAGACCACAAAGCCACCAGGAAAAUGAAGGCCAACACUGUGUCUGGAGGACGAAACAAGAUCAGGAAGAUGCUGGAGAAGACGCGCUUCAGUAUACUGCCACCCAAACCGUUCAGUGAUGGUGGCAUGGGUCAGUCUCAGGAUGACAGCAUUGUGGGUACCAAGCAGUGUCGUCACAGCGUGGCCAUCAUGCCCAUCCCUGGCAACCUGUCAUCCAGCAGCCCCGACCUGCUGCAGCCGGCCACCAGCGUCCUCGACUUCUCCAACCCUGCAGCCUUGGGACUGUACUACAUCCCAGACCAGGUGAUUCGGGUGUUCAAAGCCGACCAGCAGAGCUGCUACAUCAUCAUCAGUAAGGACACAACUGCCAAGGAUGUGGUCGCUCACACUGUCAAUGAGUUCGGCCUCCUUGCAGCACCCGAAACUUACUCUCUCUGCGAGGUAUCAGUUAGCCCAGAGGGAGUCAUAAAACAGCGCCGCCUGCCCGACCAGCUCUCCAAACUGGCUGAUCGGAUUCAGCUUAACGGCAGGUACUACCUGAAGAACAACAUGGAGACGGAGACGUUGUGUUCAGACGACGAUGCCCAGGACCUCCUCAGAGAGAGUCAGAUCUCGCUGCUGCAGCUCAGCACCAUGGAAGUCGCUGCCCAGCUCUCCAUGAGAGACUUUGAGCUCUUCAGGAACAUCGAGUCCACCGAGUACGUGGACGACUUGUUUAAACUAGACUCCUCGGUAGGAAGUGGCAAUCUGAAACAGUUUGAAGAGGUGAUCAACCAGGAGACCUUCUGGGUCGCCACAGAGAUCCUGAAGGAGCCCAAUGCCCUGAAGAGGAUGAAGACCAUCAAACACUUCAUUAAGAUCGCCCUGCACUGCCGAGAGUGCAAGAACUUCAAUUCCAUGUUCGCUAUCAUCAGCGGUCUAAACUUGGCACCGGUGGCUCGGCUUCGGAGCUCGUGGGAGAAAUUGCCCAGCAAGUACGAGAAGCUGUUCGGGGACCUGCAGGACGUCUUCGACCCAUCCAGGAACAUGGCCAAGUACCGCAACGUCCUGAGCAGCCAGAGCAUGCAGCCACCCAUCAUCCCACUGUUCCCAGUGGUCAAGAAGGACCUCACCUUCUUACAUGAAGGCAAUGACUCCAACGUAGACGGUCUUGUGAACUUUGAGAAGCUGAGGAUGAUUGCCAAGGAGAUCAGACAUGUGGUGCGGAUGACCUCGGCCAACAUGGACCCCGCCCUCAUGUUCAGACAGAGGUCUCUGAGUCAGGGCAGCACCAACUCCAACAUGCUAGACGUGCAGGGCGGUGCCCAUAAGAAGCGAGUACGUCGCAGCUCGCUUCUCAAUGCCAAGAAGCUGUAUGAAGACGCUCAGAUGGCCAGAAAGGUGAAGCAGUACCUGUCGAACCUGAUGGUGGAGACAGACGAGGAGAAACACCAGAUCAUGUCCCUGCAGUGUGAGCCGGCCUACAGCACCUUGUCAAAGAACUUGAGUGAGAGACGAUCCACCAAGUCGGACAUGUCUCCGGUGUCUCUGCGGUCGGCUCUGCCCUCGGGGAAAACCCAGAACAGGGUGUCACAAGUCCUUCAGGUCCAGGUCCCGCUGAACCCUCUACGAAAGAAGAGCACUGCCAAGGACAUAGGCACACCGAACUCAAAUUCUCCCCAGGUGGUGAAGAAACCUCCGGUUAGCUCGGCAGACGAGUGGAACACAAAGAGACCAUCUGAUGACACCGUUUCCACCAUCUCCUCCCUUCACUCCAGCCCUACGGUGUCACCGCAGGGCUCUCCGCGCAAAGUGGGAGGUGUAGCCAAGUCCCAGAACUCCAGCCAGAUGAACUUGUCGGGAUCUUCAUCGUCACUGACCAGCGACGCCAGCACAAAGGCCGGCACCGCCAGCCUGCGCAGCUACGGCAUAGGUUACGCUCUCCUACCAGCCGGUAAAGCGGACAACCUGUCGGACUCGAGUCACAGCGAGAUCUCCUCCCGCUCCAGUAUCUGCUCGGUUGACUCCGUGCCUGCCCCCGGCCCUGACGACCGGUGUAUUAGCAGCAACAGGACGUGUACUACUACUGCCACUGUUACUUCUACUACUACUGCGACUACAGCAGCUGUGCCAGUUGUUGAGAGCACAGCAGCGACGCACGCACACUUGAAUGCUGAUUACAACCAGCCCAGCACAAGUUCUUCAUCGUUGGCUCGAGGCUACGUGACCCGAGCCUCCACCUUCACCUCCUCCAUCUCUACAGAGGAGCUGACCCCAGACCACACCUCUCUGGACUCGGUGGCCGACAGCGGCCGCGGCAGCUGGACGUCCUGCUCCUCCAACUCCCACGACUCCUUCCAGAGCCUCCCUACUUCCUCCUGCCGGCCCUGGGACCACGGCAUCCACGGGCACCCGCUUUCUCUCCCGCACACUCACCUGGGCGUAUUCAAGCACACACAGCUGGCCGGGCCGAUAGCGGAGGUGGAGGCCGCCGGUCACGCGUGGGCGAACGAGGACCAUGCCAAGAAACACUCCAGAGACUCCAGCUCAGAUCUGUCCAAUCAGUCGCGGCAGAGCUGGGCGUCGUCCAGCUCGCUGUCGGACACCUAUGAGGGGAAUUACGGCACGAUAAAGCGGCGAAACACCUCGGAGCACCCCUCCUCGCCAAACAACGAGGAAGGAGGGCAAAGCACAGACCCUGCCUACAAAACGGUGACGUCAAGCACAGAGAAGGGCCUGAUAGUGUACUGUGUCACCUCCCCCGCCAAGGAUGAGCGUUACCGAGCUCCCCCUCCCACCCCUCCAGGCUACCACGGUCUGGCUCUGGGGGAUCUCACAGACGGAGUAGUAGGUGGGCCAGGAGGUCACAUCCCCAGGCCUCCCCACCUCAGACCUCCAGACUACAGUGUGGCCCUGCAGAGGAGCAAACUCCUGCAAAGCCCCGGAGCAGCCGGAGGUCUGGCUGAGGCUCGGAGGCUCGCUGGAAACCAUCACCUCCACCACCAAGAGGCCCGGACAGCCGGGUCCAUGCAGGGCCAGGGCCACUCCAGACCGCCCAGCAUCUGCCUCCCACCACAGGAGCUGGCUGACAGUGAGGAUGAUGAACAAGUGUCAGCGGUGUAGAGGUGGUGACGUCACGCUCACACACACAUACACACACGCGCGCAUAUUCUCACACGGACCAAGUCGUGUUGAUCAGGUUUUGGACUAAGUGAGCAGCCUGCCAUCGUCACGCAUCAGAGCACAUUCUCCAGGCCCCGCCCACAGCCCUGUGUGACAUCACCGCGGACCAUAACACACCUCUGGACCAGACCAGUGGGUCAUGUGACGUCUCCGCACCUGCCAGGACUCGUACAAUCAUUUCUUUUUGAACUCAUUUCAUAAAAAAAAAAAGAAGAAAAGACUGGUUUUAGAAACUUUUUAAGAACUCAGCAGAUAAAGGUGGUGUGAUGGAUUCACAUCACGGUAGACUGAUGUAAAAUAUAUAUAUAUAUAUAUAAAAAAAGGACAAAUUAAAGAAGGAAGAGUGACGACAAUGAUGCCUCAUGAGAAGAAGUCAGCCUCCUUGGAAACAGACCACCAUGUACCUCCAUUUUGCGCUCCAAGCUCUCUUGUCUAACAGCGUGUCACAAAGUUUUUACAGUUUUAAAAUGUUGUACAGUGAUUUUUUUUUUUUCUUCUUCUUUGCAAAGUGAUUUUUUUUGUGUGUGUGUGUGUGUCUUUUCAGUUGCAUCUCCGAGCUUUGCAAAGUUUUUUUAUGUGAGAAUAGUCAGGAGGAAAAGACAAAGGGAUGAUAGAGAGCUGUUGUCAGUAGUGCGAGUAUUACGAUGAACAUUAGCUUGUGUUUUUUUUGUUUUGUUUUGUUAUUGUUUCCUGUCAGCUCAAAAGAAGAUGAAUGUAGAUGAAUAAGACAACAAAAAACAAUUAUUUUUUUCUUGCGGUUUUUAUGGGCCUCUAUCAAACACAGGGGACUGGUGAUGUAAAUUUACAUCAGUGGUAUCAGUUCCCUCAUAAACCAACCAAAUAAACAAAAACAACAGCUACAAAACCCAACUUGAGUAUCCCAGUACUCACAUUUUCAACUUCAUCUGAAGUCAGAAACGCCCUCAGGAGAUAAAAAGAACCCUUCGAGAUAUUUUUCACUUCCUCUCCAGGAGGUGAAAAAAAUAAAAAAAUGGAAACUCCUGAAUAACAGAGAGCACAUCUGUUUUUGUUAAGCACUUAUUGUACUUAGUUGAGCUUUAAAGAAAAAGGAAAAAAAAAAAACGACAAACAGCAUCUCUCAGGCAGUUCUGAGUCUUUGUGUCGCGCUCUCCGUCACCCGGCCGCCUCUCUUAUUGCUCGUUCAGUCUGACGCGAGGUACUUUAGCGGCAUGCUGCCUCCUGGAUGUUCUAUAAAAACUGUAUUAUAACUCGUUUUUAAUGAGCUGAAGAACAAAUGCCUCGCUGCUUCCUGUAGAGUAAAACGCGUGUCGUUAUUUUAUUGCAGCAGCUAUAAUAAAUUAGCACCGUGUAUGUGUGUGUGUGUGUGUGUGUGUGUGUGUGUGUGUGUGUGUGUGUGUGGUCACACAACAUGCAUGCACGCGCAUUUACACUCUUACACACACACACACACACACACACCAAAAAUCUUAGUCGGUGUGCAUAAAGAUGAACAGUGUUUACACCACCGCUUAUUUUGUUUACAGUGUUUAUUAGACUAGUUGUCUAUGGAAUUACAAGCUGAAAUGUUAAAAGUAUAAGUGCUCCAGGUUCAUUUGACCUUGUAAAUUUGUUUAUAGCGCAGCAGGAAUAUGCAGAUGCAACAUAAACUUUGACUAUGUGCUCACAGUGUACCUCGUUCAUCUCGGUUUUUGCUUCUUAUUUAAAAGAACAAGCAACAAAAACAAGUCAACAGAUAAUGUAUUUUACCGCCUGGCUCGCAUCUCCAUUCCAUGUUUAUAGUACAUUUUGUAGAAUAUUUAAAGGAUUUGCUUGAAAUUGUUUUAUUUGUAUUGAAAACGGAAGCAGAUUUGUACAUUCUGAGUAAUGUUUUUGGAAACAGUAAAAAUAGUCUCUAUUUGUGUUUAUCUGCAGUGCAGCAGGGGUGUAACUGGAAUUAGACGUUCUUCUCUUCUCCUUCUGCUGUCUGUCUUGCGCUCUGUGACGCUUCUUUUGUAUUGUUUUGCCACACAAAGACUUGAAAUGAUUAAUGGUAAUAUAUACAUGGCAUAUAUAUGAAUUUAUACAUAUAUUUUUUUGUUGUUCCUUUGCCAUAAAUUAAUGUUAACUGAUCAUGUAUAGAUGAGAGAAGAGAGUCCUCUAUAAAGGCUAUUUUUGAAUAUUUUGUUAUACGAAAUAAUCCGAGGUUGUGAUUGCCGUGUUUCUGUCUUCAGGCAGGAGUCUUUACAACAAUUUCUUUUUAAGUUCUUCUCAUUGUUCAUGUCUUGUUUUUUCUCCUGUCACACUCUGUUGUUGGUGCCAUUUCUGCUCUGUCUAGAAGUGUAAUUGCUGCUGUGUUUUGGGAUAUGACUGCGUGCGUGUGUUUGUGUGUGUGUGUGUGUGUGAAUUUUAUUUGCGAGGAAUCCCAUUUUGAUUCAGUCUGGGCGUACAGCACAUAUGGAAAGGCUCAGAAGUCGUUUCCGAUUAAAGCUGGUCUCAGUUUGCAGCUUUGAUUGCUCCUGCCUGCAGGAAGGUGGGCCCCCUGUGGGUCUCUAGCCGUCGGUUUCAUGGCACGAAGCCAGUUAAUUCAAACUCAGACUGGAUGAUUGAAAGGAGGUUUUUGAUGCUAUUAUAUCGUAGUCUGUUUGAAUUGAACAGAACAAGCCCUGCCAUGAUGUCUGUAUCUCUCCCUGCCUCUUUCUGAAAAACCUGUCAACUCAGCAGGACUUUAAAACCGAACCUUUCUCCUCACAGUAGAAACUUUGAAACAGACUGAGAGUCCGAAACUGACAAUUCCUCUUUAUUUGUUUUGCACAACUGUAUUCCUCAGAUUCUAAACCACAAAUCAGUAUUAAUUAAAAAAAAAAAAAAAAAUAGCAGCAUAUGCGUCUUCCAAGAGUUGUCCCAGAUAUUAAGAAUGGCAAGGAUCUUCAUCAGGAGUCACAAGAAAAUUAUUUUUAGUUUUACCUGCUUUCAAAUGUUGGAUUGAGAGCAAAAGUUUUGUUUUUUGAGGGGUUUUUUUUUCUUGAAGUUGUUGUACCGAAAUUCAGAAUGAAACUCUUUCAGCACUCAUUGGUCUUUACAUCAGUGCUGUAUCCUAGAAAAUUAAUUAAGGAGUUCUUUUUACUCCAAAUAAUAUGCUACAUAUUCUUUUUGUUUGUUUUGUUUUGUUUCUUUCAGGGCUAAAUUGCAUUCAGUAGUAAACCCCUCCUCUACCCCCUCCGUACACAGUUGGUAUGUUUUCAUGGAGGACCUGACAGUUAGCAGUCAUUAUACAACAUGUCAGCGCUUUGAACAAACAUAAAACUGGAGAAAGAUAAACUUCACCUCGCUCACAGUUUGAUGAAAAUAUCUGAUUGUAAUUUAGCCCGUGUCCUGCCAUGUUACCUGGAAUGCAAUAAGAGAGAUGUGAAUGUGUUUGAUGUAGACAUCUUUUGGCAUUACAGCAGAAAUGCACAACAAUAAGCUUAAAUGUGGUGAGUGUGCUGCACAAUCUGUACAAAGAGGUAUUAACUCGGUCUGUGGCUUAAAGUUUGCUUUCGUCUCACACUUCUCAUAGCUGUUGUAACUUAUGUCUUUUAGAAAGACAACAUGAUUUUGCUCGUACGCUUUUUAUGUAUUUUUUACGAGUGAUUGUAAAUAGUUGUUAUAUUUUUGUUUAAGAGAAUGUUUAAAAAGGAAAAAGUACCUUUUAUUUCUUCAAGUCUACUGAUAUGAAUUUGGACAAUGAAUAAAAUAUUAAACUGAA